UUCAAGAUGGCGGAUGAACCCUUACUUUUGGGGUUACCCGAUGGAAACAUGGAACACAACGACGACAAGAUAUGCGGGUGGAGUACAAAUAAGAUCGGAGGAACUCCGAACUGGUUAUUUGGACCGCCAUCAAAUUAUCCAAUCUGCCCUUUGUGUAACAAUGUAUUAUAUCUGGUUUGUCAAAUUUACUGCCCUUUGUCAAACUCUGAGUUUCACCGUGUGCUGUACAUCUUUGGUUGUGGAAAUGCAUCUUGUUGGAAUAAAAACAAAAGUUGGAAAGUUUUAAGAGCUCAGGCCAAAGAUAGCAAUUUUGUUGUCAAGGAAACUACAGAAAAUCAGUCUUUCAGCAGAUUUGAAGUUGAUGAUUGGUGUGAUGAUGCAGAGGACUGGGGAGACAGUCAUGAUGAUAUGUCAUCUGAACUGGGAGAACUCACUGGAAAAUUAAAACUUGCCGAAGACAAACCAGACAAGGUAGAUUACAACAAAGUUGUACAAGUUAGCACGAGCGAGCAACUCAAGGAAAUGUCCCUGAGCGAUGUCCCUAAUUUUGCGCCUCUUUACAUCAGUGUAAUUGAGGCUCCAAAUACCAGCGGAAUCUCUAAACAGAUGACAGAACACGAGAAGAUAUUGUUAGCUGAAUAUGAGAGGCGAGAAGGACUUCAAUUUGUGGAAUCGGUGGAUUCUCGUGGUGAUGUCAAAGGCUGGGCAGGGGAGAAGUAUGAAAGUGAAGCCGUUAAACAUGGCGACAAGGCUUUCCACAAGUUUCACAAACAAUUACAAUCGUGUCCUCAACAAUGCCUGAGGUAUCAGUGGAAUGGAAUGCCUGUUUCUAUGGUUACCACUCAGCCAUCAGAGCUGUGUCGAACAGUCCCUCCCUGCAACCAUUGCGGGGCAAGUAGAGUGUUUGAAGUUCAAUUUAUGCCUGCAUUGGUUGGUCAUUUAAAAGUCCUAAGAGAUCUUCGUCCCAAAGAUAUAGCACAGGAAAACGAGACAGUUAUUGAAAGAUUUACACAAGAAAACAACAAAUGCGAUUUGCAGGGAUUAAAUUACAGUUUCCACGCAGAGACCGGUGAAAUUCUUACAGAGGAUACCAUUGUACAGCAAAAGCAAAGAAAAACAUUCAUGGCGGCUGUCAAUCAAAAGUGUGACGUCACAAUCGAGUUUGGAACAGUGAUGGUUUUCACGUGUUCUAAAAGUUGCUGGACGGAGAUAGAAAAUGUUGUAGGAGAAGGUAUUUACUUUGAGGAAUUCUGUUUAGUGGAAGCCGACCCUGACGCUACGCUAUUUGAAUAAAAAAAUGUUCACUUACAACA